UUCAGCAUGAAAACCUGUUUCACCGUUGUGCUGUUGAUUCAGCUUGCAUUUCAUUCCUGUUUUGGCUUGAAUGGGAUGUUAUAUCCCCGUGAGUCCGAAACAAGAAAUAUUCAAAGUCUUGAUGGCAUGUGGAACUUCAAAAUAGACCUGUCAUCGAACAGAAAUGCUAGUUUCGAAAACAAGUGGUACAACGCCCCCUUAUCCCAGACUGGUCCAGUAAUUCCAAUGCCAGUGCCAUCAAGCUACAAUGAUGUUACACAGCAGAAGGAAAUUCGAGACUUUGUUGGGUGGGCUUGGUAUGAUCGUCAGUUUUAUGUCGACAGCCAGUGGAAGAAUCGGAGAGUUGUGCUUAGAUUUGAGAGUGCCCAUUAUUACGCAGUUGUGUGGGUUAACUCCAAAUUAGUGAUGAUUCAUGACGGUGGACAUCUACCAUUUGAGGCUGUUGUUAAUAACUUUCUGGACUUCGAUGGAGUGAAUCGUGUGACUGUAGCAGUGAACAACACCCUGACACCCCACACCCUGCCGCCUGGGACCAUAACCUACAAAUCAGAUCCAAAGAAAUACCCUCCAGGCUAUUUUACUCAAAAUUUGCAGAUGGAUUUUUUCAAUUAUGCCGGACUACACCGACAUGUCAGGCUGUAUAGCACUCCCACAACCUACAUUGAUGAUAUAACAGUUACCACAGACAUCCAAGGCACAACAGGCAUUGUGCACUACAACAUAAAACCACAGGGCGAAACAACUAGUCCACCAUCUGUGCGAGUGGAGAUCAUCAAUAAGUCGGGUCACUCAGUCGGCAGCAGUAACCAGAUGUCUGGAGACAUUCAAGUGAACAAUCCAGAGUUCUGGUAUCCAUACACCAUGAAUCUUAAGUCGCCAGCAUACAUGUACACUCUGAAGGUAACGUUGACAUCACCAGCUGGACCAGACGUUUACCGCCUGCCAUUUGGAAUUCGGACUGUCAGGGUUACAAACACCGAGUUACUGAUCAAUAACCAACCUUUCUACUGUCACGGAGUUGCCAAACACGAAGAUUCAGAUAUUCGUGGUAAAGGUUUGGACUAUGCCCUGAUUGCCAAAGACUUCAAUAUGCUGAAAUGGCUUGGUGUCAACUGUUUUCGCACGUCUCACUACCCAUAUGCAGAAGAGAUUUUAGAUCAGGCAGACCAGCAAGGCAUAGCCAUCAUCGAUGAGAGUCCAGGUGUCGGAAUUACAAAAAAUGACAAUUUUGGUCCAGUGUCUUUAGCACACCAUCUUGAAGUAAUGGGAGAACUGGUGAGAAGAGACAAGAACCGACCAUCUGUUAUCAUCUGGUCAACGGCAAACGAACCAGCAUCAAGUAACAAGCUAUCAGAAGCUUACUUCAAAUCUGUAAUAGGACACACUAAAACUCUUGAUCCCACAAGACCAGUGACGUUUGUUUGUAAUAAUAUCGAUCAUACUGAUUAUGUAGUUCAGUUUGUGGACAUCAUUUGCCUGAACCGUUACUUUGCCUGGUACAGUGAUGUGAGCCACACUGAACUCAUACAGCUCCAGUUAGGCAACAACCUCGACACGUGGAAUCAAAAAUACAACAAACCCAUCAUGAUAACUGAAUAUGGUGCAGACACAAUUGCGGGAUUACAUAGGGACCCUUCCUUUGUGUUCACGGAGGAGUAUCAGGUGGAGUUUAUGGGAGAAUACCACAAGACAUUUGAUGCUAAAAGAGGAAAAUACUUGGUUGGUGAAAUGGUUUGGAAUUUUGCAGAUUUCAUGACAGUUCAAGGAAUCACCCGAGUUGUUGGAAAUAAGAAAGGAAUUUUGACCCGUCAGCGCCAGCCCAAGCACGCUGCUUUCCUCCUGCAAUCCAGAUAUCACAAAAUGUUUAACUGUAGUAGUCCCAAAGACACAAGACUUUAUUUCCAGAGCAUAAAUGUAUCAUAAUGCUCUGUUCUCCAUGUCUUAAGAAAUGCAAUGUUACUGGGACUCAAUUAUUUACUGGUGCUACGCAAAUUACUCUCCCAAUCUGCUACUGCUUUAUUUGUCUUUACCUUAGUGUUGCUUUAUUGGUUUAUAAAUGUGUCAUGUUGCUGUAUUCCAGCCCUCGAAAUUCAGAAAAUUUUGCAAUGGAAUUUAGUACAAAUAAUAACACAGUAUAUACAUGAUCAUAAGAAUGUCAUUGCAAAUAUAUAUUGCAUCGCUAUUUGCAGUGGCACUGAUGAUAUCCAUCAUGAAUUUUCGAGGGCUAAUAUUCCUAUGAUUCACGUUCAUAUCAGAUGGAAUAGGGAAUACUAGAGAACUGAUCAUUUCUGAGGGCAAAAAAAUGAUUCUUCUGACAGUGUAUUCUUUGAGGUUUUAUUACAUGAGAUAGCUGAAAUGCUUGCUGAUAUAAAAUACUAUAAGAAUGGUUUCACUAGCUAUAUAGAGAAUAACUAGUUAAUGACGUCAGAUAUUUGCUAUAUCCUCAGCGAGGCUCUGCUGAGUGGAAUUUCUCAUUCUGCCGGAACAGGAUAAAGCAGAUAUCCGACGUCAGUAACUAGUUAUCUUUAUUCUGCAGACCAUAAAAAUUAAGGGGAAAAGCUAUUAUUUCUGUCAUUUCAGCCACAUUGUACGAUGACCUAGAGGUCAAAUGAGCAGUUUUGUAAUGUAGCUAUGCAUACGUUGUCAUAUUAGUGAUGUCAAAAGUCGUAAUCUGCUAGUAUACGUUUAUGACUUUGCUUUAAUCGGUGAUCAUAAUCUGUCAAUAGAAACAGUGGUUGCAGGAUAAUAUGUUAUUUGAUGCUACAUCACCAAUAAUAAUUUGUGGAAUUCAGUGCACAAUUAAAAAAAGUUCACAGCAUAUUCCUACUGACCCCAUUUCCUCACCAACAUCUCCUAUACCUAGCUAUGUUCACCUUGGGUGGCUACUGCUGGAUUCAUCCAUUUUUAAUAGUCUGUGUAUAAAUGUAUCUUGAUGCUAUAGUUCCUGUGGUUUACCUUGGUGGCAACAACUGCACUAAUGGUUGCCACAUACAAUUAAAUGUACGUGUGUCAUAUUAUAUUCCGAUGAUUUACCACAGCACCCACAGCUAGAUCCAUCUAUUGGCUGUAGUUUGAAUGUGCUGAGGUGUUAUGAACCAAACAUUCCUUUCCUUUCCAAUCAUGUCUGAUAUUUGCAGGCAUAAAGCGAGUGGUUGGGAACAAGAAGGGGGUGUUGACCAGACAGCGCCAACCAAAAGCUGCAGCUUUCCAUCUGAAGACCCGCUACACCGCAAUGUUCAACAGUACACAGUCUCUCCCCAAUCAUAUACCAUUGUUUAUACCACCUAUUGGCUAAUAACUGUGCUUAGAACAUUUAAUAUCAGGGAUUAAAAUGAUAUCUUUUAUAAAUCAGGGUUUCUGAUAAUUUUUGGGUUUGUUUAAAUUCCUCGAACCCAUAAACCUUACAGGUAUGCAAUUUUAAUUACCUAUCUUUAGAUUUUAAAUGAUUUAUCUGUGAUCAUCGACAUAAUUUAAUAUUACAAUGUUUUGAUAUGAAUUGACAAUUUUUUCUUGUGUUUUUUUUUAAUGUAAAACAAUUAAUUAUCAAUCGGUUUCAUAACACAACAUAAAAAAAAAUUAUUUUCCAGUUUUGAAAAUUACUGUAACAUUAGCAAAUUCCAUGCCUUUCCUUUAUGUUUAUGAACCCAGUAAAUAAUUUGUGGAUUUUUCAGGCCUCCCAGCCACUUGUACAUAUUAAAAUAUAGGAAUUUGCAUACCAAAAUAUAGGUUUUAUAGGAAUUUUGAGGUCAAAUAUAGUUUUAUAGGAAAAUUUGGACCGAUUGUCACGAUUAUAGGCAUUUUACACGGAUUUCUAAAGACAUUUACAUUACUAAUCAGGAUUAGAUUUUAACCAUUUUUUUAUAGGAAAAUUUGGACCGAUUGUCACGAUUAUAGGCAUUUUACACGGAUUUCUAAAGACAUUUACAUUACUAAUCAGGAUUAGAUUUUAACCAUUUUUUUCAGGGUGAUAACAGGACUACCUGGCUUUCAUUUCAGAUAGUCCCUUGAAGUUUCAGGUGGUCCAUAUUUUUAAACUAUUUGUUUUAUCUCGAACAAUCUAUUAUUCAUUGUGAUCCAUUAUUGAUAAACUGACUGUAGAUAUAUGUAGAACUAUUAUAAUUGUUUUAAUCAAAACAUUUGUUUAAUGUUAGAUAAUAGAUUCAACAUAAUAACUAUUAUUAAAUGAUGUAACCUGUGAUGAAUAAUUGAUUGAAACAUGCAGUUUUGCGUUAAAAUGGUGUGGGGAGGGGGGGGGGGGGGAAUGGCAUUUUUGUAACUCGGUGGAAAUUAAUAUGCACCGUAUCAGUAAUUUUCAUAUCGGCAUUUCUGUUGGCACACCUUGUCUAAAUUUAACUCUGAUGAUGCGUGUACCGUUUUACAAAAACCUGUGACAACUGCCAAUCAAUAUAUUAUUAUUGUUUUGCUGAGAAUGGUAAAUUUCGUAGUUCUUUCAUUCUGACAUGACGUUGGUAAAUUAAACUACCAUUCUAUGAAAAUGUGUGAGGAAUCCGGCGGUUAUGUUCCGAAUUCAAGAUGGUUGUAUUUUGGCGGAAGACUGCAUCAACUACAAAAUGUGUAACUUAUGCAUGUUCAUUUUAGCAUGGAUGCGGUAAGAGUUCGGACCAAAAUAAUUUUCAUCGCAUAAUGUACAUGAAUGUGAUAUGAUGGGGUCCAGUAAAGUUAUACUCAAUAUAACUGUUUUCUGAACAAGCCUGUUUCUGCUGUUUGAAAUAGGUCAGGAGAUCCACAAAAUGUUACAUCUGUGCUAAAUAAAUUUUAAAAUUCCAGGUGGUCCAACGGACUACGUGUUUGCAGCUUCAGGUAGUCCUGUUAAUUUUUAGGUAAUCUCAGACUACCGGACUACUGUUAAGAUCGAACCCUGCUAAUGGUAUGUUCUUACCUUGCGUAUGUACACAAGAUACAAUCUCCUACCUCAACAGUUAUAUACCAAGGCUUGCCAGCAGUCCACGCCCAUAUCCAGGAUACUUUGAAAGUUGGUGCAUCUUGUAUCAGUAAUAUAUCCUCCUCCUCACCUCAUCAGGUGAGCAGUAUCUUGAUUGGCACUUGAUACACAUCUCCCACAUUCAAAGUAUCUUCUAAAUUUCUGACAGGGUGGCUACCUUUCACUGCGAAUUCAUCAGCAUUUUGGCAAAGCAAUUGAGUCAAAUAUAGGAAAUAUAGGAAAUCAAUCUUAAUAUAGGAGUUUUAUAGGAUCCUAUAAAAAAUAUAGGAAAUAUAGGAGGUCUGGGAGGCCUGAUUUUUUACCACAUAUAGAAAUUAAAAUAUGAAAUAUAGCUUCUAACCCUAUAUUAUAAUUUUCUAUUACAGCUUUAUUACCCUUAACUUAAAAAUUACGUAUCUAUUUUUUUCUUAAAUUAUCAAUUUUGGCAAAUUCGUUGUCGGGAAAAUUCAGGAUUUUGUGAUGAAAAAGGGGCACAAAAUUCUAAAACGGUAAAAUUGAUUUUGUCGAAGGCAAAUGAACUGAGCCACCUGAUAAAACUUGAAAUGUAGUCAACAUGAAUACACAAAGCAAACCAUAUUUGAAAAAGGUGCAUGGUCCUUUUAGCUUGCUAAAAAUAUUUUAAUAGUACCAAACUUGGAUUAUGCUUUGUAUACAUCUGAACAACAAAACCGUAAGUCUUAAGGUAAGACAUGAUCAGGGUGUAUCUGCAUAAUGCAGAGUUAAAUGGGCAUUUAGCAAAAUAGUGUUUGAUUCCAUGAAACUUUAUCUGGUGCCUUCUCUAUAGGACAGCCACUCCCAAAGAGAUCCUUUACUAGAAGUUUCAUUCCUCUUGCACUGCCACAAAGAGGACUGCCACUCCCAGACUAGUUUACUAAAUCAAAACUAGCACUGGACAGAGCUCUAUAGAAUACAGUUGUUAUUAUUACCUGCACCAGCAGUUUGUCAAUAAAUUGAUUAUGUAUAGAGAUAGCUUUUAGUAGAAACUGCUCUGAACACGUAGGACAUAUGGGUCUAGUUGUUCAAAGCAUGGAUAAAUUAACCAUGAGGUACCAUGAUAAUAAUUUUUGUUUGAAUAUUUUUGAUAAAUACUAAAAUCAUACAAGAUUGUUAUAAGGAUGUUCCAAGUUCUUUUCAACUUAUCCUGACCUCAAACUCAGGUAUUUUCCACUAUGGGGAACGAAAGAAGCUGCCAUCGGAGCACAGGCCUCAUUGGAAGAUUUUAAGCCAUCCCAUUAGCUGUUGGGAUAUUCAGACCAGUCCAUUGUUCCAGGGGGAAAUGUCAUUAGUUUGAGGUCAGGAUAAGUAUUCAUGAAAAGAGAAAACAAUGCAAGUUUUUACACAGUAUUGAUCUAAUAUUUGUCACAUUUUUCUCUUUACCACCGGGUAAGCUAAACAACUGGCCCCUGUUUGUACUUCAACAAGAAAUCCACUCCAUAUUAAUCUCUUUGGGGAUGGGACGUAGCCCAAUGGUACAGCACUCGCUAGAUGCGCACUUGGUCUGGGAUCAGUCCCUGUUGGGCCCAUUGGGCUAUUUCUCAUUCCAGCCAGUGCACCACGACUGGUAUAUCAAAGGCUGUGGUAUGUAUUAUCCCGUCUGUGGAAUGGUGUAUAUAAAAGACCCUUGCUGUCAAUCGAAAAAGAGUAACCCAUGAAGUGGCGACAGCGGGUUUCCUCUCAAUAUCGGUGUGGUCCUUAACCAUAUGUCUGAGUGCGUCGUUAAGUAAAACAUUUCCUUCCUUCCAUAUUAAUCUCAAUUUUAAUAAUACUGUUAAUAUGGCCAUGUUUAGAAAAUAGUAUUAGUUCAUGAUUAUUGAAGAUUAUUUACAUUUUGAAAUCUUUAUUAUUUUAGAUUCUGAAGCAAUUUACAUAAUGUUGACAAAUGAUCAUAAUCCAUGCAAGUAUGUUGUUAUAUUUUUAACUUUUAUAUUUUGAUUUGAAUACAAACUGAAUAUAUGUAUGUCCAUUAUUCUUUGAAGUUAAUUUUGCAUUUCAUCUUUGUUAUGAGCAAAAAUGUGUUGAACUUGUAUAUUAAUGAACAGAUGUCCAUAUUUGAGUCUAUAGUGAGCACAUAGCCUAUACUGAAAUGGUCCUAAUAUAGUUGGAAAUGUACAAUACUUAAACAAAGGUAAUUUUUUAUCAUUUCAGUUUACUUUGUCACAAUUUUAUGCACUAAAAAAAAAGCUGAAAAAUAAAAUAUCUGAAAACUUGGUGCACUAAAUUUAAAGGGUAAAAAUUGCUUUUGAUAUAAUUAAAUACUAUUUGCAUUUUAUAUUUAUAUUUUGAUGAUCUCUGUGAAAUGCAAUCACUCCGUCUUCUAUUGGAAUUUAAUCUGAACCCAUUGUAUUAUGAGUUAAUUAAACUGUCAUGUGAACAGCUUCAAACAUUGGUUUACAAUAUCCAUUUAAAGAUGGUAAUGAUUAUUGGAAACAAAUUCCAAGAAACAAGAAAAUACUUUCUAAUGGACCAAUUAACCUUUAAAUUUAAUGUUAGACUUUAAACAAACAAAAAUUCCUCCCAGGAAUUAAAAUAAUUCAAUAUCUACAAAUUUAAAUUAAUAUAAAAAUGAAGUGUACCAAUAAUUAUAGUUUGACACUUUAAAAUAAAACAAUUAGUUUUCCAAUUUAUUUAGCAAUUUUCAGUGUACAGAGUUUUGCUUCAAGAAAGCACCAACUAUUAUGCAAUAUCUAUUUUCAGUAUUUAAAUAAAUUAGGUAAAACCACAAUUUUUUUAUUGAUAGUAUUUUUUACAAUUUUAUGUUUGUUACCAUAUAUCAAAUUUCUACAAUUUAUGUAGCAGAGAUUUCUUAUUGAAAUUAAAAUUAUA